AUGAACCGUGAUCUUUUCAACAACUUCAACAUCGAUCCUGCCACUUUCGUCAAUUAUAUCCUUCGGCUAGAAUCUGCCUAUCAAAUCACCAAUCCCUAUCACAAUCACGUGCAUGCCGCAGAUGUCCUUCAGGCGGUGCAUGUCCUUUUACAAGCAGAAACCCUCGAGGGUGUGUUCAGUGACCUUGAAAUACUCUCCGCCCUUUUCGCUUCCGCCAUCCACGAUGCCAAUCAUCCCGGCUUGACUAAUCAGUAUCUGAUAAACACGGGUAAGUCUAGCCAUUCUUACUUUAAAUUCCCUCACCCGACGCACCUUCUUGAACAGGAACCAAUAACCCUAGGCUAUACCUUACUCGUCCCGUCAGCAGCCACUAAGCGGCUAUUUUCAAAUUUGAAAAGAUCAGAAUUCCGAGAUAAGAGUAAGAGUUCAUCUUCUGUUCACCGGAAUAAAUUUGUAGAUUUGCUGACUUUUCGGACAGUUGGGCCGGCUGUCCGUUGUCGAUAUGAAUACUGA